AUUUCAAUUUCGUUAUUUUUUAUAGUAAACGACAAAAAUUUUAGAGAUUUACUUAAUAGACAAUUUCCACACAGUACAAUAUAGUAAGAUAUCAACGUUAAUAAAACACAUCGCAAUGACAACGACAGUGAACAAUUCACAGAAGAAAAGUAUGAACUCAAAUAAUACCGCACCAGGUGGAGUACGUAAAAAGUCAGGACCUAAGUUUGAAUUGACCGAGGAACAGCGUCGUGAUAUAAAAGAAGCAUUUGAUUUGUUUGAUACUGAAAACACAGGAAAAAUUGAUACAAAAGAAUUGAAAGUGGCCAUCAGAGCCCUCGGUUUUGAGCCAAAGAAAGAAGAAAUCAAAAAGAUGAUUGCAGAAAUAGAUAAGGGUGAUGGGAAAAUAGCAUUUGAAGAUUUUCUUGAUGUGAUGACUGUAAAAAUGGCCGAAAAAGAUACUAAGGAAGAAAUUAUGAAAGCUUUUAAGCUCUUUGAUGAUGAUGAAACUGGCAAAAUAUCUUUUAAGAACUUGAAGAGGGUGGCAAAGGAGCUUGGUGAGAAUUUAACAGAUGAAGAGCUCCACGAGAUGAUAGAUGAAGCGGACAGAGAUGGCGAUGGUGAAAUUAAUCAGGAGGAGUUUUUAAGAAUAAUGAAAAAAACUAGUUUGUAUUAAUAAUUGAAAACUUUUCAUUAUUUAUUACA